AUGAAAUCUUCUUUAUUUACUUUAAUAAUUAUUUUAAUAAUUUUUAUUUCUUAUAAUAAUAAUUUAUUUCUUGCGCAACAACAACAAUCGUCGUGGCAGUCCAAUGAUAAAGAACAUAAAUUCAUUGUGUUUCAUAAAUUUCCACAGCAAAUAUCAUAUACAAAACGAGGAGAAGUCAUAGUCAUUACCAAUAAAGCAGUUUCACAAUAUAUUGGUGUUAAUGAUAAUGUCUUAUUUGAUGAUGUUGAAUACUCAUCACCUUUCUAUUUAAUAAAAUUAGUUGAUGAGAAUGAUCAAAAUAAUGUUUUGAAAUCUUUUACAAAAAUGUGUUUAUUAAAAUCUUCGAAUUUUGAAGAUGAAAUUAUUAUACACUUGGACAAACAUAAUAAACCAUUUCAUUUUGAUUAUUACACUUUAAAAGAUCAAUGUAAUGAUACAAUAAAAGUUCAAUCUGACAAGAUUAAUAAUGAAUUUAAGACUUCAAUUCAAACAGUUAGAUCAAUUAAUGGUGUGAGUCCUAGAUUACACAAAGCUUUGCCUGUAAAAGAAGAUGGAACAGUUGAGAAACCUCCUGAAGAAAAAUCAUUUCUACAAAAAUAUUGGUAA